AACUGAGGGAAGUUCUCAUUUUGCUCGUCACUUGACCCACGCAAUUCACUUAUAUUGAGGUAGAAGCCUCAUUUCUACCUUCAAAAAUUGGGCUGAGGUAGCUGGAGCCGGUAAACAGAUCCAGUUCAAAAGCUUUUCUGCCAGUGAAUCUUCAGAUCACUAAGAUCCUAUGCCUUUGCCUUACGACCUUUGUGCCCGCGUUCAAAACGCCUUCAGAGCACGUCACCGUUGGAUAGCCGUCGACCACACCACGCAAAACCUCGGCAUCCUUUCCAUCCUCCUCCGCGCCGGUUUCGUCUCAAAUAUCACUCGUGGAACAAUUGCAGCACCCUCACCACAGGACUUCAACCGUGUGGGUGAUGCUCAACGUCGCAUAUGGGCAGACCUCAAGUACCGCGACGACCGACCUGUGUUAAAUGGCAUGGAGCUCAUUAGCAAACCUAGUAGGCGGGUAUUCAUGGACAUUGGGGAGAUUCGUCGGUUGUGUUCUGGGAGACGAGCGCAGACGAUCAAGCCGCUUGGCAUGGGCGAGAUAGCGGUAGUGCACACGAAAAGCAAGGAGCACGAGUGGCUGGAGGCACGGGAAGCAUUACAGCUCAAUUUGGACGGGGAGGUUAUCUGCAGAGCUCGAUGA